AUCGAGCUAGAAAACUCCCCAAAUAGUUUAUUUUUCAAAUUACAUCUUCUGAUCACAUGAAUACAAAUUUAUAAAUAGCGAUAGCCGUCCAGAUAUAUCAACAAUGCAUCAAUUCAUACACGCAGUAAUGCCGCAGCUUCCUGUUUGAUCAAUUAAGACCGGCCACUUCCAUUGGUGGAAUGAAUACACUCCUUUUAUUAAUUCCCCGAAUUCUUUUGUUGUACAAACCAUCCUAGGCUCGAGUGGCAUUCAACGAGAUUCUUAUCUCUGAUAGUACAGUGAUCAAGUUAAUCUAGGCAACGAUAAACCGAUAGGAACGUUUUGUUAGUGAAAUAAAGGAUCAAAGAAGACAGUUUUGUAAAGAGAAACGAACGAACAAUCCGCAAGUGUCAAAUUCGUAGAGGUUGAAGGUCACUUACACUUGUCAAAGAGGUAGGUGAUUCGAUGGUUGUUGAUAAACGGUAUUUCCUAAAUUUGCGUGUUUCUGUAGUGCGAAACGGCGAUUCGAACACAUUUAUUUAUAGAGAACGCGGAUCUGGCGCUAUGUGCGGUGUUACAGCGACGUACUCAUGAUACCCGGCGCUGAAAACAAACUUUUCUGCGAUAGAUAAGACUGACUACAUAAUGCUAAAGACUUCUGUCCAGCACAAAAUCCUGAAUUAUUUGCCUGACGAUCGACCAGUUACUGCGAUUCAGGUAAUAGAAAAUCUAGACAAGUGCCCCAAAGGCUUCUUUGCCAUUAGCAAAACUUACGAUCAAGACUCAGAUGCUGAUCUGAGAGAAAGUUCCAUAUUCAAAAGUAGCACCGCUCGGUAUCUGUGCUUAUCAAAAACUGAAGGACUGCCAAAUUUCGUGGUACAAGAACUGCUGGUGCUUACAGACAAAGCAAACCCUCCAAAAGGGUUCAGUUUGUUAAGUAGGACAGCUGAUAGUGAGCAGAAGGCUUGGAGGAAAAAGCAACUGUGUUAUAGAUUAGUGAACAAGAAAGACAUUAGGACUGCUAUCACUGAUAUAAUCAUCUGCAGCCGACUGAAGAAAGCGCCGUCUGGAUUUUCGUUUGCUGGGGAACUAAACGGUGUAACAAUCUGUUACAAAAUGGGUAACGUCCAGGACACUCAAGCGAACGGUAACCAGCAACCAGUGCCUCCGGAUAGGCCUCCAAAACCAGUCCCAACGUCGCCAGGCGGUGGAGUUUAUCCCUCGCUUAUGGGAGACUCAGAUCACGAUUACGAGAUCUUGCGUCCAGGCGCGCCCGUAUCCAACGCCAGGUGGCGGCGGCCUUUCUCCCGCCGCGCCCUCUAGGCCUGCGCCUAAGCCGCCCGCGAACGGCGGCAGUGUCACGCUCCACCACCAGAUGUCGCAAUCGUAUCCGCACGCGAUGGACGGCGUUCCAUUCCAGGUGAAUCCCCGAUUUUUGCCGCAAGGCGGAAACGGCGGCAAAGGGUUCCAGUUUCCUAGGAUCAAAGCCAGAACAAUGCAGCAACUCCUCAAAGAGUACGAUUACCAGUUUACGUUGGAACGACAAACUUAAAACGAUCAAACGCACUGCCUAUCAAAAUAUAUAAUUCGAUACCUAAUCAUCACCGUUAUUGACCUUAAUAUCGAACGAACUGAAUUUUAGGAAUGUUUUUUUUCUUCUUUGUAUGUCUACGUAUUUUUUUUAGCCGUUGUGUUAGCAUCGUAAGUUUGUGUCAUUUAUCGUUAGGGAUUCUCUCGUGGUGUACAGCAAAGCUCAGAAACAAAUUUAUAAAUUCAGCAUAACUAUUAAUUUAGGUCCAUUGUUGAAAUCUAUUCGUGCAAAAAGUUGUUUUUUUAUUGAAAUAAUCUAACGAUUUGGAUAUCCCUAAUUUCUGAAGGCCAUGCAUUGUGCCAUAAGUUUCCGAUAACUAUUUUUUAUGCUUCACCGCGAAAUUCGAAUGAUGAAAAUUACUCAGUAAUCAAGGUAAGUUAGUUCUUUAAAAUUUGAUAACAAUGAGGAUGUUUCUCGGACUUCAUUGUCUAUUUUUGAUUCUCUUUUUUCUUCCUUGACGUUUUAUUUCCACAUUAGGAUUGCUGCAUCCAUUAUCAAGGACGCUUCUUUGAUUUUUCUCCGAUGCCAGUACGUUUCUUUAUGAUCGCAAGGUAUUCUUCUUCGAUGCGGCUGAUUUCUUCGUGGUUGCUAGAUUAGAGAAAUUUACGUUUUGUGCUGGUUUUCUUCAUACCACAAUUUUUAUUCAGGAAUUUCUCUU